AUGUCCACUCCGACGAGCCCCACAGACGUUAAGCUGCCGCAGCGGUCUGGCACCGUGAGCAGCGCCUUCACUCGUCGUACUUCGAUGAGUGAUGAUGAGGCUAUUCCCAACACCGAUAGCAGUGAGACUACCACUCUCCUGCUUGAACGUCUCCGCGCCUGGAAGCACAUGUGCGGAUAUCUCGAGGAUUACUUCGCUGCUACCGCCAAGGUGCAGAAGUCUCAGUCCAAGGACUAUGAGAAGAUCCUUAAGACCGUAAACGAACCCCUCAAGGAAGGUCACCACUUCAGCUCCAGCGCCGGCGGUGUGACUGGCCUGUUCGAGAACCUUCGCAACAAUACCCAGGGCAUGGUGAACAUGCACCUGGACGGCGAAAACAACAUCAAGAAAGGCAUCCUCCCCACCCUCGAGCGUCUCCACAAAGAGAUCAAGAACAAGUCCAAGGAGCUCAGCUCCGGCGCCUCAAAGGGCGCCAAGGCAGUCGAGAAAGCCCGCGGUCUAACCCAGAAGCACAUCGAGCUCCUAGGCCAGAACUCGGCCUCCUUCGACGCAGCAGCCUCCAACAAGAUCGAGCAACAGCACGAUCCCUACCUCCUCAAGCGCGGUAUCAACCACCGCCUCAACAACCAAGUUAAAGAGGAAAACAACCAUCGCCAGGACAUCCUCGCCGUGCAAAACUCAUUCCAACAAUUCGAAUCCCACGUCCUCCAAACCGUCCAAGGAACCCUGGAACAAUUCCACCAAUACAUGGGCGGCCAACUCGAACGCCAGCGCGCCAUGUACGCCGACAUCCUCGGCACAGCUCAGCGCAUCCCCCCAGACUUCGAAUGGAUCAACUUCUGUGUGCGCAACGACGCAACCCUCGUCAACCCAGACUCCCCGCCACGCUCCUUCUCAAGCAUCACCUUCCCAAACAUGGACCACCGCUCCACUCAGCCCCUAAUCGAGGGCUCGCUCGAGCGCCGCUCCCGCGCUGUCAUCAAGGGCUACAGCACCGGCUACUACGUCGUCACCCCAGCCCGCUACCUUCACGAGUUCAAGGACAACGACGACUUCCGCCGCGACCCCACCCCUGAACUGUCCCUCUACCUGCCCGACUGCAUCGUCGGCGCUAUCGACGGCGUCAAGUUCAACGUCAAGGGUAAGGACGUGUCAAGCGGCAAAAUCGGUAACGCCUUCCACACAAACACCGAACUCAACUUCAAGGCUCAUACCCCCAAUGACGCCGAGAAAUGGUGGUCCACUAUCAAGGAUGCAACCCGCGGCCCGGCCCCGGCAGCAGCCGCAGCUGCAACUUCGCCUACGGCCGCUUCCCCGGGUGGCUCGGUUAGUCCCUCGCGCAGCGUCUCCGCCCAGAGCCAACCCCCGACUUACGCUGAGAAGGAGAAGCAGCAGGAAGCGCAGACUGGUCAGACUUCCGGUGUGACUUCUACCUCGCCUACUGCUGCUUCCCCUACCACGGCUUCGGCGUCUGCUUCGCCUGUCGAUGCUAAGGACUAUGCUGCUUCUUCGGCGGCUCCUACCCCUGGUAUUAAUCGUACCACUAGUACUGCUAGUCACUUCCACGGUUCCCCUGGUGGUACGGCUGUGCAGGAGAAAACUGAAAAGUCAUAA